CUCCUCCCCUCUACCUACUCCACAACCACCGCAAAGAUGGCCGGAGAGGAUUUCGCCGCCGACCCCAGGAUGAUGUCCAUCCAGCCUCGCAUCCGCUACAACACCAUUGGUGGCAUCAACGGUCCUCUGGUCAUUCUGGACAAUGUCAAGUUCCCUAGAUUCAACGAGAUUGUCUCCUUGACUCUGCCCGAUGGAACCGAGAGAUCUGGUCAGGUCCUCGAAGCUCGCGGCAACCGCGCCGUCGUCCAGGUCUUCGAGGGAACUUCUGGUAUCGAUGUCAAGAAGACUAAAGUCGAGUUCAGCGGUCACUCGCUCAAGCUCGGUGUGUCCGAGGACAUGCUUGGUCGUGUCUUUGACGGUUCCGGUCGUGCUAUCGACAAGGGCCCCAAGGUCUUGGCCGAGGACUACCUCGACAUCAACGGUCAACCCAUCAACCCUUACUCAAGAGAAUACCCCGAGGAGAUGAUCUCCACCGGUAUCUCGACCAUCGACACCAUGAACUCCAUUGCCCGUGGUCAGAAGAUUCCCAUCUUCUCUGCCGCUGGUCUUCCUCACAACGAAAUUGCCGCCCAGAUCUGUAGACAGGCCAGUUUGGUUAAGCCUACCAAGGGUAUUCACGAUGACCACGAGGACAACUUCUCCAUCGUCUUCGGUGCCAUGGGUGUCAACUUGGAAACCAGCAGAUUCUUCACUCGUGACUUCGAGGAGAACGGCAGUAUGGAGAGAGUUACUCUGUUCUUGAACUUGGCCAACGACCCUACUAUCGAGCGUAUCAUUACUCCCCGUCUUGCUCUGACAACCGCCGAAUACUACGCCUACCAGCUCGAGAAGCACGUCUUGGUCAUUCUUACUGACCUUUCGUCCUACUGUGACGCUCUUCGUGAGGUUUCGGCCGCUAGAGAAGAAGUUCCCGGUCGUCGUGGUUACCCAGGUUACAUGUACACUGAUUUGUCCACCAUUUACGAGCGUGCUGGUCGUGUUGCCGGCAGAAACGGAUCUAUUACUCAGAUUCCUAUUCUGACCAUGCCUAACGAUGAUAUCACCCACCCUAUCCCCGAUUUGACUGGUUACAUUACCGAGGGCCAGAUCUUCAUUGACCGUCAACUCUACAACAAGGGUAUCUACCCCCCGAUCAACGUUCUUCCCUCGCUCUCGCGUCUCAUGAAGUCGGCCAUCGGUGAGGGCAUGACCCGUAAGGAUCACUCCGAUGUCUCGAACCAGCUGUACGCCAAGUACGCUAUUGGUCGUGAUGCAGCAGCCAUGAAGGCAGUCGUUGGUGAGGAGGCUUUGUCAAGCGAAGACAAGCUUUCGCUCGAGUUCUUGGACAAGUUCGAAAAGACUUUCAUCAACCAGGGUGCAUACGAGAAGCGCAGCAUUUUCGAGUCGCUCGACACUGCAUGGGAGUUGCUCCGCAUUUACCCCAAAGAGCUUCUCAACCGUAUCCCCAAGAAGACCCUGGACGAGUGGUACACCCGCCGCCCAUCAGACAAGAGCGCCAACAAGGACACCCGCGACAACCAGGACAAGCCCCAGGAGAGCGAGAACCUGAUUGACGCAUAAUCGAGCGGAUGUUUUUGACUGAUAUUUCCUUUUUCUUUUCCUUGUUGUAGAUAGCGCCUGUG